AUGGAAAAACCCGCCGAAACCCUAACGUCUUUCCCUCCGCACCGUCGGCGAAGGCUGAAGAGCGAAACGCACCGUAUUCUGGUUCGGAUUCUAUCUCACUGCUACGACGUGUCGCAGCUCCCAGACCAAAAUGUACCUCCGGAGCUUAAUCAAGAUAAUGGGAGUAAUGAAUUGGAGGAAGCGACUGGAAAGGAAGGGGGUGGGAAUGUUGAAUUCGGUGAGCCGGAUGGUGUGGAGUGCGAUGAUUCGGCAGCUCGGCAAGAAUUGGUGGCUAAUGAGAGGUGUGACGCUGAUGGUUCGCGAGAGCUAAAUGAUCAGAUAGAGGAUUUCUUCAGUGUGGAUGGACAGAUGGACGCGAUGGACUUUGGGGUUGAUUUCGGAGAUUUGGAGCUUGGUCCUGGGGAAACGCUGAUGGAUGAGCUGGAGAAAAUUGUGAAUGGAAGUGAUGACAAUACUCCGAAACCGUCAACCGGAUCAGGGAUUGCGAAUGAUCAAGUGGUGAUUGGUGAAAUUCAGAAUGGAGGAGAGUCUAAUGAACGGACGCAUUCCGUGUUGAAGAGUAGCGCAUUGGAUGUAGAGCCUAUAAUCCAACAGAAAGAAAUGGAGACUUCUGUGUCUGCUGGUGGUGCAGAGGAAUCUCUUAUUCCCAUUACUGAAGUUGCACAGUUCAAGGCGCCAGAGCACUUCAGUCAAGAUGUACCUGGAACCUUUGGUUUCUCUUUGGACAAAAACAUGGUUGGCGAUGCUUCCAAGCCUAGUGGGAGCAGAGGUAAAAGUUUGUCUCAGAUAGCUAAUGAUUUGGAAGAAGAGCAUGAAAUGCUGCCAAAGGAAAACAAAAUGGAAAUGCUUUGCACUAGAAAUGCUGUGAAUUCUCCCAACCAUAUGAGCGAUGUGGAAGAGGGAGAAAUUUCUGAUGAUGAGGGGAUGGAUGACAGAUCGACGGAUAUGAUUUUGCAUGAUGCAGUUAGGUCUGAGGAAAACAAUGAAGUUCAAAUACUCAAAGAUGUCGACGAUCCAAGCUCUGGCAAGGAAGCACUUGUCAAAGAAUUUGACUCCAGUUCCUUUCUGAGUAGCAUUGCUGACAAUGUCCAAAGUCCUAGAGGAGAGGAAAUCAGAGAAAGUAGAACUAAGACAAUUGGCAGACCUGGAGUUGUCCAGGGGAAAACUAUGGAAGCUAUAAAGGAAGGGGGCUAUGAUCCUGUGCUAGAAAGUCGAAGAAUUGAAGAGAAAUAUAGCGGAAUUGUGAGGGGUAUCUGCUUUCCCGAAGCUUGUACUAAUAAUCAAGCAUCACAUGAAAAAAUCUCAGAGAACAAUGAAGCUGGAAGCUGCGGAACAACAUAUGAAGAUGAGGGGGAUGCUGGUGCCUCAAAGAAAAGAAAGCGUCCUUCAAAGGAAAAGAAACAAAGAAAGAAGGCAAAAGAACGAAAGAAGCGAGCAGAGAUGAACAGAAAACAAGGUGUUAACAGGCUGAAAUUGCAUUGCAUAGAGAAACCAAAAACUGUAGUGUUUUGCCGCCAUUAUAUUGCUGGAAGGUGCCAUGAGAGUGACAAGUGCAAAUUUUCACAUGAUACAGUGCCUUUAACAAAAUCCAAGCCCUGUUGUCAUUUUGCACGCCAUUCAUGCCUGAAAGGGGAUGACUGCCCAUUUGAUCAUCAGCUUUCUAAGUAUCCCUGUGACAAUUUUGUUAAGAAUGGGUCCUGCAUCAGAGGUGAUCGAUGUCUGUUUUCACACAAGAUUCUAUCCAAGGAAGAAGGUGCAACUGCUACUAGCAAACCUGAAUUGGUGACUCCCUCUGUGCGGGGUAGUUCCAGGUCUGCACAAGUAAAGAUAGGUAGUCCCUCCCAGAAGAAUUCCCAUGCCUUGCCCCACUCAACAGGGACUCAUUCUCACAAUAAUACUGAACUGAUCAUGGCAAGGACUCUGUUGGAACAACCUACAAUGUCUACCAAAGAAUUUAGCUUCCUUUCUACAGGGAAACCAUCGUUGGUUCAUUCCAAUAUGUCUCAGCAAGGAGUCUCAGCCCCAGAUAGGAAUACUGGGGCCAAAGCCAGGAACCUAAUGCAACAAAGUCCAUCAAGUUCCAUUCUGAAUACCAAAGACAAUAUAAUGACAACUCCACCGGCAGUCACUCCCAAAGGGAUAAACUUUUUAUCAUUUGGAAAAGCAUCACCAGAUGGUUCCAUUGGCAAAAACCAAAACCAUCACCAGACAAGCCAAGGUGUGUCAGAGACUGUUCAAAACUUUAAUACGGCGCCAAAGGUUAUCCAACCUGCACAACCAAAGGCAGCAGACUUCCUAUCUGUUGGGAAAGUUCCCAUGGCUGAUUCUAGUUGUGGAAACCCCUUUAAAUUGACUUCAACUUCAGAUAAUGGUAACAGUACGUGUUUUGGUGAGGGUAAAAGUGUGUUUGAUAACCCCCAAAUCUCGAGUGCAAUCUCAUCAAGGUUGCUACCUUCUCCACUUACAUCAGGUCAAUCUUCAGAUUACACAGCAUCCAGGUUUAAAGACACAGUGAAUCAGAGGGCACUCUGUUCGACACUUGCAUUUGCAGCAAAGUAUGAAUCAAAAAAGACGAAUCAGUCAUUCGGUUCUACUUUUACACAGGUUGAUAGGGAGACCAAGCAGAAUGACUCUGGAAAAGUUUUUAAUAUAUUGGAUUUCUUGUCCAGUAUUAGCAGUACAACCAAGCAGUAA